AUGAGUGGCUACUCAGGCUCCCCCAAUCUGCCUCCACACUCGGCGUCGCUGGACCACCUUGAUCUCAGAUCAACUCCACAGUUGGACGUGCCAUUGGUGGGUGAUCUGGAACCAAGAAGCAAGUACAAAGAGCAGCUUCGGUACCUUGCCAAUUCGGGCUUUUUGGGCGAAAACAGCGCCGUGGGUAUUUCAGUACCCAACACUUUCAAGCAUAAGAAGCAUCCAAACGCUAAGACGAAAGAACGGAUAGGCAUGGCACCUCUUGAUGAAAGCAGAGAUCCUCCAAGGGAGCCUCUGCCGCAGCCUGUGAAAACCAGCACGAUGAAAGGUCUCAAUGUCCAGAGCGAGUCGUCCAAACAUAACGAUACUCCAUCGUGGAUGCCUCAGGUUCUACGGGACGAGUGGCUGAAGGGCAAUGCAACCGCUGCAGAGGAAAACGGUCAGCACAGUGCAGCAAAUCUUGACUUCUUGGGCUCUGCCGAUGCUGGCACAUUCAUCCACAACCCCCAAAACUCCCAGGAGCAGCCAAUCACGCCAAUGUGGAAGCGGAUGUCCAAAGACUACCAGCUUAACACGCGAGCCGAGCCCCUCCAGAGCAUAUUCCAGUCCCACGACGAGUCGAAGCAGCACUCAAGUCUAAAUCCAUCCCAGUCGAAAUCCAUGUCACACCUCAAUGGCAAGAACAACAAUAAUAAUUCGAGAACCGGGAACUCGGCAGGGUUUUCAUACUCCUCCGCUUUUUCAACUCCCGUGGCUACUAAAGAGGGCGACAUACACUUGACUCAGCAGCAGAUUCACCAAUUGGAGGACAUCCUCGAGAAAGCAAAGGAUAAGCCGGAUGACUACGAGAUCAAGGGUUCCCCACUCAAGCUAUUCGGUAGCGACUAUGACACCUUCACAAAAGUCUUCCUCUCAAAAUUUGUCGAUAAGGUUCGUUCCACCACGAACAGUGCCCAAAAGACAACGCGGAGUAUGUCAAACAUGCAACCUCCCGUUCCCAAGUUGGAAAUUCAGAAGUUUACGAAAGCAGGCGACUACACCGAUCAAGAUUUUAUGAAUAACGCCAACAAUGUCUUUGCCCACAUCCAGCAAAGAGGUUACAAACCUAAUCACCUAUCAAAGGGACCAGAUCACAGUACGAGCUUCCAGCGGUCCAUUGAGCACAACACAGUAACCUCCACGCCGAAAGCCGACAAGGUCAAUGACAUUGAUGUUAUUGCACCCCUUGACGAGUACUCUUCCUUCUCGACAAACUUUGGUGACAGUUCUGAGGAAUCCCAAUACCAAGCACAGCGCAAUGAUACCACUAACCAUCAAAACGAAUACACCUCGUUUGACAGGUCCUUGACUUCCAAGAGCAAUGGGCCUGAUCCAGCUCAUGAGAGGCUCGAAGCACCCGCUGACAAUGCCAGUGUUUACACAUUUGAUGAGGCGAGCGAUGCUGGCUCUGACGACAACUCCAUACCUGAAGAGCCCACUUUGGAUAUGGAAGAGCCUCUAGAGAAUACGAAGAUCAGAUCACAUCAAGGCUCCGAUAAGCUCUCGGUUCAAGUGCCAGCGAACCAGUUCGUCAGCUCCAUGUCUUCUGUCAAGCGUCACACCAAGGAGUCAGACCAGCGCCCAAAUUCUAUGGAACAGGAUUUUGAAUUCAGCGAUGAUGAUGAUCAAGGGGCGCCACCAAUUGUGUGGAAGAGGCCUUCUCGGUUAAGGCUCUCAAAUGAAGAAGCAAGGUCUAGAGUCAUGCUGAAUAGUAAUUUGGAGAACCAGAUUGCCAAAGGGACUGUCAAGCCUGGAAAAUUCCCAGAACAGUACGGCAAUAUGGUGUACGACAACCGCAACAAUAGGUGGGUCUCUAAUGACAAAGAAAAUGAUUACCCUGGCAGUCUUGACUCCAUCCUCGACCUACCCACUGAAUCUCAAGCAGCCAACGAUGCUGACGAAAGAGAGACUAAGGAAGUCAGUAUUUUGAAGCUGUCUAGAAAAACAUCGGUGAGAGACAAAAACUUGGAGGUCUCCUUUCAAAUCCCAGAUCGGUCAGUCGAGAGUCUGCCCCAGCAUCGUCAAGACUUCGAUGUUACUAAGCUCUCUGAUGUCGGAGAGAUUACAUUUUCCCAAACUCAUAAAAGACUCAUUUCUAUAAUUACGGGAAUAGCUGCAUCGAGCGCUUGGAACGAAAUCGACGUCAUCGAUUUGUCUAACCAGCAGCUAGAAAGUGUUGAGGGGUUGCAGAAAUACCUUCCUAAUGCUACCAAGAUCGAUUUAUCGGCUAAUUACCUUAGAUUCGUCCGCGGAGUCCCUUCGGGCUGUCUCGAUUUGAAUCUUUCGCAGAAUUCUAUCGAUGGCAUGUCUUCUUUCGCUGACUUCCAUGACUUGCAGGUGCUCGAUAUUUCCUCCAAUUCCCUUGAAAAUCUUACCCCCUUUACUUCAAGCAUACACCUAACGAGAUUGGACGCAAGCAAUAACAUGAUCAGGUCAAUUGAAGGUAUUAAGAAUUUGAGCGGGCUCACGUACUUGAACCUUUCACAAAACGGCCUUGGUGGAGAAAUUGACUUCUCGAAGAUAGAUCUUCCUAACUUGCAAGAGCUUGAUAUGUCAGAGAAUAAGAUCCGUUCCAUAGUUGGCCUCGAAUGUUUACCAAACUUGAGAAUACUCAACUUGAAUGAGAACAACCUAAUCAAUUUGACAUGCAAUGGAUCGCAUCCCCACCUCAAAAAGUUGCUCCUCAAGUUCAACAGAAUCAGACUGCUCGACUUGGAUCUGUUUCCGCUCUUGAGAAUAUUGAGGAUUGACGGAAAUGCACUUUCUAGCAUAACUGAUCUCCGCAAGCUUAAGUAUUUACAGGAAGUGUCAGCAAAGUGCCAGGAUAGAGCUGAUGUUGCUGCGAGCAUAUUCCAUGGUGCAAUUGAUGUCAACUCGUUGGAUCUUUCAGGAAACAGAUUUGUCUCCAAGUUAUUCCAGACAGAACCUUCUAGCAUCACGAUGGAUCCUUUCAUGAAUCUCAACAAAUUGAACUUGUCAGCAGUCGGGUUAACGACGAUUCCUGAGAGCUUUGGUGAGGUUUAUGCCAACGUGAGAGAACUCAAUUUGAAUUUCAACAGGUUGACUGAUAUCGCUGGUCUCGGAAAGAUCAGAAGACUCAAGCGUCUCAAUCUUUUGAGCAACAAUAUUGACCGCAUGGAGGUUGUGCUUACGAGUUUGACCAACUCCAGAAGAACGUUGAAGGUUCUUGACAUGAGAUUGAACUCGAUAAACUUCGAGCUCUAUCCCUAUGUAUUCAAUCCUUUGGAGCGUGAUUCGACGUUGGAAGAAGAGCUAAGACUCAAACAUGGCCCAAUUCAGCUAGAAGCUUUGGAUGAUAUCGAGAACUUCUCGAUCCACUACAACACCUUGAUCAAGAGUAAGGAGGAGUGGGAACUGAGAGAUGAAGACUUUAUUGAAGGCCUAAAGGCAAAGGGAAAAGCCAACAAGAUCAAAGAGCGUUUGAACUACGAAGCUAUUCUUUUGAAUUUCUUCCCACAUUUAAGAGAACUUGAUGUCUCAACCUCGCCUGCUAAUCACUUCGUUGACUGCAGAAUCAGAAAGGAGCGUCUUCCACAUGUUCAACAAGGCCCAGAGCCUGAGGACUUCGAAAAGGUCUUCGAUUGGGUCAUGACUGGCACUGAGGUUCCAAUUGAGGGUACAAACAAGAUCCACUUCAAGCAUGACAUCAACCUGAAGGAGGUGGUUGAGUCAGUACAGUCAGGCAAGCCAAUUGAAGAAUGCAAGGAUGAAGAAGAUAUCGGUGAAUUCAGCCCGGUUGAGGGCAGUGAGGAUCGCCAGGAGACGGGCAUCCUGACCCAUCCUGUCACUGGCAAGCUCAAUCCCUACAUUGAGAUAUGGCGCUCCUUGGAUCCUGAGGAACACUCGCCUGAGCAGGAGGCUAGAGAAAAGCAAAAGAACGUCAAGAGCGUGGUUUGGGAAGUUGACCUGUCUAACCACAAGGGCAAGCUUGUGAGGCUCGGCAAUUGGGUCCAAGGCGUUAUCUAUGACAAGAACGAGAAGGUGCACCGCUUGAGCAUUUUGCGCAGUUAUUUCAACAGCAAAACAGGGAAGUGGGAGGAGCAAAUCAAAUAUGGUCUCUUGGGCUUUCCUGAUUCGUUUGAUCUGAAAAUCGACGAAACCACGACUGCUGACGGUGUCACCUGGAAAUGCUUCGAUACUAACUUCAGGUUAUUUAUUUUUGCCGUCAUUGUUAACAUCGUGAACUUGUUCACUCAGGUGUUUUUCACCAUCAUGUACUCCGACUUGGAGAGUGACUACAUCAACCCAAUUGAGUUGUGUCAUAAGUUGAACCCAUGGUUCAUCCCUGAGGCUUCCGUCCAUGCGUUUUUGACUGUCCUUUUCUUGGUCAAUGGCUUCUGGUUCGUCUUCUUGUUGAACUUGCCAUUGCUUGCAUUCAACAUCAACAAGUUCUACAACAAAAACCAUUUGCUCGAUGCCACCGAGAUUUUCAGAACCUUGUCGAAGCAUAAGAAAGAGUCAUUCAUCAAGUUGGGUUUCCAUUUGUUGAUGUUCUUCUUCUACUUGUACAGAAUGAUCAUGGCCUUGGUUGCCGACGAGUAA